AUGUCCCUUGAGCAGGAAAAUCUUUAUCCUCGAUUCUUUGAACCUUACCAGUCUGAGAUCAAAAUGCCCGGAGAAGAAGAUGAAGAGGCGGACGGAUACUUUUGGGAAAGCUUUCCUGCUCUCGAUCGAGGAGUGCCUGUGAAUGAAUUAGACAUCAACUACGAGACCGCGUACCACUUACAAUCCCAUGUGUACAAGAUCACUUCUCUCGCCAGACUCCCGCAGGGGGGGAAUACCCUCCAGGGGUCUAUGGCAAACGUCCUAGAGAUUUUCGCUUUCGGACUACCUUCGAAUCGCGCCGACUUUCGUAGGAACUCAAAGCAGUCGGUGGAGUGCCAGAUUAAAAUCUCCCUCACAUCAAAUGCAUAUCUCCAUUGCUGGGGGCCGGAGAUGGUGGCAGCAAGGCGCUGCUGCGCGGGAGCUCAUCAUGAUCAUCAGUCUCAUAUAGCAGCGUCUUCGGGACAAGCGCUUCCAAUUUCAUCUCGACACACCGGUCCAGUUAUUCUCCUUUAG